CAGAUACGUUAUCUAUAAAGUUUGACCGACAUAAAUGAGCAAAUACUUUUAUUGUGCACGUAAAACUGCCACCUUACGUUUAUCCUGGCUUAUAUUAUUUAUAAAGAGAAUCGCGGAGCUAAAUAAUGGAGGAAUCAGAUACGGAUAGAAAGAAGAAGUGGAAGUUGAAGAAGAUAAAUAAAUGCUGGUUCUUAGAUGUUGGCGGUAAACUGACAAGAAUGAAUAUUCUGAACAAUGCUAAUGAUGUUCACAUGGAGGACAACAUUAUUUUUGCAGAUGAUCUUGUGUUUCAAUUGAUUGAGGAAUGUGACAAAGAAAUCACGGUUACAGAGAUUAAAGACAUAUGCCAAAAAGAUAAGACGUCUGAAUAUGAGAAAAAGGAAAGAGAUCUUAAAAAAGAGAAAGAGACUGGUGCAAGAAAAAAUGCUGAUAAAAAGGAAUCUGAAGAGUCUUUAAGAAAAGAGAGUGAUCGAAAUGAGGAUAUGGCACAAGACACUCUUCACACAUCAAAAUAGAAGUUCUAGAGCGGAACUUACAUUCGUAGAAGAUCCGGAUGAUGACGAGACAUGGUCAGAUUCGGACCGAGAGAUAAAUUAUGAGCUUGGAAGUGAUGAUUAUGUACCAAAGAAAGGAAAACUUAGAGGUCUUUUUAAACGAAUUAAACAAAUUGUAAAAAAGAAGUCAGCUACAAAGCAGAAAGAAGAGCCUUUUUAUGAAGACAUUCCAAACAAUAGUAAAGACUUAACGCCACGGCACAGCGGCAGUGAGGACGAAUAUGAUUACACGUUAUUCGUACCUUUAAAAACACAUAGUGUCAGUUCUGAUGCCGUCUCGGGAGUGAGGAUAGUAACAGCAAUAUUUGAUUUCAAUCAAUUUUCUGAGGACGAAAUAAGCUUCAAAAAACAAGACAAACUUACACUUCGUGGAGAAACUUUGAG